CAACAAGCCACAUUUCUAUCAUUCGUAUAUGCAGCGCCUCACCUCAUCCAUUCAUCCUUUGGCUAAUUGUCUCCCUCCAUCUUGUCAACAUCCUUCUCACUUCCUUUGGAGGUUGACUGUCCGAAAUGAGCUUUCUUACUGGGUUCUGGGGCUGGAGGCCGUCGAAGAUGCCCGCUGCGAAGGAGGAACACACCAUGGUUUGGCUGUGGGUCGUAAAGAUGUUCAUGGUCAUUCCCGUUGCAAUUGCUGCCUUCUCCGCCAAAGAUUUAUACAACCUCGUCCUCCACCAUCACGAACUUCAAAAACCACCAUACAACAAACGCGUGCUCCUGGCGCAAGAGCUAGUCUAUGUCGGGUGUAUGACACUCUUCCCAUGGCUGUUUAUCAGCUCCGGUUUAAUAUUCUUUCAAAGACGCUCAUGGCUAUUCGUAUACGGCCUUGUUGACUUCGGUCUUGCAUUGACAAUCAUCAUUGGCGUCGCCUGGCAGGACAAAUACCUACCAGGAUCAACAAAGAGCUGUGGCAGUGGUAUGGCUGAGCGAUGGCAACGUAGUAGCGGUCACUUGAGCCUUUUCUCCCAAGCCGCGGCGUACAACAACAAAGACACGGCUUUAGGGAAAUGCAAGGACUUCGUGUCAUCUUGGGAACUUGCCGUUUGUGUCGCCGUCUUUCAGAUGUUCGCGUCUUAUAUUGGGAUCUUCUUCGACGAACGGGAGUUCAGCAUACUCAAUCCGUAUCGACCCCUAUUCUACUUCAUAUUAGCGAUUUUGGGACCACCUUAUUAUUUUCACCACAACAUCACACCCAAAAUUCGGUUCACCUACUUUUACGUCGUAAAGCUUAUUAGACGUACCCGUGGUUUGGAGAAAUUGAGUUUUGAAAAGGCUGAGCCGUAUGUCCCUCGAUACGAAUCGAUGAUAGUGCCGAAUGCCAAGCUCCAGCAGGUGCUCAACAUCGAGCACGUCCUCUUAAACAUAGUUGAAUAUUCUCACCACGAGGAUAUCAUAAACCUUAGUCUCGCCUCAAAGGCUGUUCGGGAAGCUGUGUACCCAGGCAGGGACCUGGCACAUAGGGUUCCAAAAUUGAAAAAGUAUUGCUGCGAGAAGGAUUCAAAGAAGGGCUGUCUCUACUGUAAUAAGAGGAUAUGUAAAGACUGCAAACUCAAACCAUUCCUUCCUAGUAUACCCGGACAGCGCCACGUUACAUCAUGUGUACCAUACUGCUCCAAAUGUUACUAUGAGGAAUUCUCACGUCAUCAGCGGGGGUAUAAAAAACCAUGUAUUUGUCGACCUAUGGAUAUUUCCUUUCAAAGCCAAGACGUAUGCCGCACUUGUAGCCGAAGUCCUAGACCUAAUAUGGUAAAAGAUCGUCAGAAGCGUUACCAACAGGAAGCGAGAGAUAUUGCCUUCGGAAUUCAUCUACCACCUGGAGAGAAACCAAAGUGUGCAAAAUGUCUGAAAGUUUUUCAAAGUGGAACACGAUGGUGGAAAUGUAAAAAGUGUAGUGGGGAAUGCAGAGAUAACAUACAUCCGCCUUUCGUUGGAAAGAGAAAAGAACUGGAUGUAGAGAAGGCAGAGAGGGCGGCGGCGGAGAAUGAGGAAACUGGAUUUGUAAAAUGGUUGCCAUUCUUACGCAAUCGAUGAGGGAAUUGCUCUCAUUCAAUGCCACCAGGGUCUAGUAACAGGAAUGGCCGUAUGAUUGAGGUAAUGCCCAUCAUAUCCGGACCCGGUGUUGACGCUCGACGGGACCCGAGUCGAGCAGAGAGAUAGACCUUUCUGCUCAUGCAAGCCCAUAGAAACGCUAAGGC